CAACGCCCUGUGUGAUCUGCAGUACCGUAUGUUAAGUUUGUGAGAAUUCACGUGUGCCUGCAUGGUUCUGCAGCUCAAUCAGAUUCGUGCAAGACAAGUCUCACGUAGCUGGCCUUGUGGAUUGAGUAAAGUCGCGGCCAUGGCGGGCAAACAAUUUUGGCUGCUGGGAGUCUUUCUUGUGGUCGUGUUCCAUUCAGCGGUUUUGCCCAGCGCGACACAAUCUGAGGGAGGAUCAGAAGGGCAUGCUAUUGGAUUGUCUAGCAUGAGCGAUGCCAUCAUUCUGCAUCCAUUGAAGAAUGAGAAGGUCCAGCUAGCAGCGGCAGAGGCUCUGGUCAAACGACUGCUUCCUGACUUGGCUGCAUUGUUUCAUUUGGAGUUUCUUUCAGAAGAAGAGUGUGGCGGCGCUGCGUGUUUUGACAUCAGCAAUGUAGCUGCUCAACAGGGCUUGAAUACACAGUCAUACAGUCUGACAAACACGACCAGCCAGGUGAGAAUCAGGGGGUCAUCAGGAGUGGAUAUUGCAGCAGGAUUGCACUACUACCUGAAGAACAAUUGUGGAGCGCACGUGUCUUGGGAAAAAACUGGGGGGUCUCAACUGGAGAGCAUUAAGCAGCAUACUUUGAGCGGGAACCUGCCAAAGGUUGGGCAGUCAGUCAGAGUCGUCCGCCCUGUCAAGUGGAGCUACUACCAGAACGUAUGCACAGUAAGCUACUCCAUGGUCUGGUGGGAUUGGGCGCGGUGGGAGAAGGAAAUAGAUUGGAUGGCCCUACAAGGCAUCAACUUGCCGCUGGCGUUUACGGGGCAGGAGACCAUCUGGCAGAAAGUCUAUACCAGUCCGGAGUUUGGCCUCACAGACGCUGACCUCAGCAAUUUCUUUGGCGGCCCUGCUUUUCUGGCAUGGGCGCGCAUGGCCAACUUACAAGCGUGGGGCGGGCCACUUCCUCAAAGCUGGCUGGAUGGACAGCUGGCACUGCAAAAGAAAAUACUUCAACGGAUGAGGGAGCUCGGGAUGACGCCAGUUCUUCCAGCCUUUGCCGGCGGAGUACCGGGCGCCCUGCAGAAGCACUUCCCAGACGCCAAGAUCCGCCGACUGGGAGACUGGGGCAGCGUCACGGCGGACCCAAAAUACUGCUGCGACUUCAUUCUCGACGGCUCCGACCCGCUUUUUGCGCGCAUCGGCCGGGCGUUCAUUGAGGCGCAAGUCGCAGAGUACGGGACGGAUCACGUGUACAAUUGCGACACGUUCAACGAGAAUGCGCCCCCGACGGAUGAACCGGCUUACAUUGCUGCGAUAGCGGAGUCGACCUUCGAAGGCAUGCGGGCGGCAGAUCCUACCGCAAUUUGGCUGAUGCAGGGGUGGCUCUUCUUCAACGACGCGGCCUACUGGCGGCCCCCUCAGAUGAAGGCCCUUCUUAACGCUGUCCCAAGGGACCGAAUGAUCGUCCUGGACCUGUUUGCGGACGUGCAUCCGGUCUGGCAGCGGAGCGAGUCGUUUUACGGGGUCCCGUUCAUUUGGUGCAUGCUUCACAACUUCGGGGGCAACUUAGAAAUGUACGGCGACCUCGAGGCCGUCGUUCACGGGCCCGUGGUCGCCCGAAACGCGCCCAACAGCACCAUGGUGGGCGUGGGCCUCUGCAUGGAGGGCAUCGAGCACAACCCGGUGGCUUACGAGCUGAUGUCAGAGAUAACGUAUCGGCAUGAGCCGGUGCACGUGGAGGAGUGGGUGGGUUCGUACGCCGUCCGGCGGUACGGACGCGACCAUCCGGACGCCCGCGCCGCCUGGGACCUGCUUCGCCGGACGGUGUACAACAGCACCGACGGGCAUGCGGACCACAACCUGGACGUGGUUACAUGGUUUCCCCACCUAGCCGUCUCGCCCACCAACCCGCGCCGCCUGCUGCACGCCCCUGCGCCGCACCUCUGGUACCCCGCCGCGGACGUCCUGGCUGCCUGGAAGCACCUGUUGUCCGCAGCUGAGGACCUACACCUCAGCCGGCCCUUCCUGUACGACCUGGUUGACGUCACCCGCCAGGUCCUGUCCAAGUUCGCGAACGCCGUCUUCGAGCGCCUCUUGGACGCGUACGCGGAUUCGGACGCCGCCGGCGUGUCCAAACAGGGCGAAGUUCUGCUGCGGACGAUUUCGGACAUGGAGGAAGUACUACGGACGCGGGAGGAGUUUCUCUUGGGCCCGUGGCUCGAGGCGGCGAAAGCGUGGGGGCAAACUGACGAAGAGAAACAGCUGUUGGAAUGGAACGCCCGCACGCAGCUGACAAUGUGGUUCGACGCGACAGCCAGCUUGCCGAGCACCCUGCACGAUUACGCUAACAAGGAAUGGAGCGGUUUAGUCGGCGGUUACUAUCUGCCCCGCAUGGCCCUUCUGGUCGACCGCCUGAAGGAAGCCGUUAAGACUAACAAGCUCAUUGACUUGCGCGAGUUUUGGGUUAGCUGGGUGGCCCUAACCGAGCGGUUCCAAAGCGGGCGAGAAGCUUUCCCUCUUUCCACAGAAGGAGAACCGGUUGCGGUUUCUGCCAAGUUGUACUCUAGGUAUAGCAAGCUGGUCAUGUCAGAAGAGUACCGCAUACAGCCUAGUAUGAAAGUAAGGGAUCUGUACUUUUCAGGUGCAAACUUGUGGCAGCAGCAAUGAUGGUUCUCAGCAUCGCUUCUGAUCGUGUUGCGUUGUGUUUGGGCUUGAAACGGCUUGAGGAGAAUACGUGAGUAAAUAGCAUGUUAAGUGAGACGUACAACUCAGGUUGUGCCUUAUCUCGGUGUUCCGCUUGUGGUCAAACGCUCUGACCUCUAUAAGGUGACGGAUU